GGAGAGCAGUAGGGGCCGAGUUCAUUUGCAGAGUCUCUGGGUGGAAGGAGGGCUGACCGGUGUAUCUUCAUCGCCCCGGGGAAAGGCGCCGGCAAAGUGAACGAGAUGGCCUGGUGGAAAGCCUGGAUUGAACAGGAGGGUGUCUCGGUGAAGGGCAGCCCCCACUUCAACCCAAACCCCGACGCAGAGACCCUCUACAAAGCUAUGAAGGGGAUCGGCACCAACGAGCAGGCCAUCAUCGACGUGCUGACGAAGAGAAGCAACGCGCAGCGGCAGGAGAUCGCCAAGUCCUUCAAGGCUCAGUUUGGCAAGGACCUCACCGAGACCCUGAAGUCGGAGCUCAGCGGCAAGUUCGAGAGGCUCAUCAUAGCCCUCAUGUACCCUCCAUACAGCUACGAAGCCAAGGAGCUGUACGACGCCAUGAAGGGCUUAGGAACCAAAGAGGGCGUCAUCAUCGAAAUCCUGGCCUCUCGGACCAAGAACCAGCUGCGUGAGAUAAUGAAGGCGUAUGAGGAAGACUAUGGGUCCAGCCUGGAGGAAGACAUCCAAGCAGACACCAGUGGCUACCUGGAGAGGAUCCUGGUGUGCCUCCUGCAGGGCAGCAGGGAUGACUUGAGCGGCUUCGUGGACCCAGGACUGGCCCUCCAAGAUGCACAGGAUCUGUACGCAGCCGGGGAGAAGAUUUGCGGGACUGAUGAGAUGAAAUUCAUCACCAUCCUGUGCACACGCAGUGCCACACACCUGAUGAGAGUGUUUGAGGAGUAUGAGAAAAUCGCCAACAAGAGCAUUGAGGACAGCAUCAAGAGUGAGACCCACGGCUCGCUGGAGGAGGCCAUGCUCACAGUGGUUAAAUGCACCCGGAACCUCCACAGUUACUUUGCGGAGCGACUUUACUACGCCAUGAAGGGAGCAGGGACUCGGGAUGGGACCCUGAUAAGAAACAUCGUUUCAAGGAGUGAGAUUGACUUAAAUCUCAUCAAGCAUCAGUUCAACAAGAUGUACGGCAAGACCCUCAGCAGCAUGAUCAUGGAAGACACCAGUGGCGACUACAAGAACGCCCUGCUGAACCUGGUGGGCAACGACCUCUGAAGGCUCAGAAGGACAAGCACAAAGGCCAAGAAGGCGGAGGCACUGGAUCCUGCUUGCUGAACCUUGGCCGUGGCUGGGUGGGGGUUGGGGUGGGGGGAGCCAGAGCACGCCCUUCAGUCUUCUAUCUCCCAGCUUCCAGUGUUUUGCAGCCAGUUCCUCUGACCCGGGGGAAGGGUCAGCCUAGGGCUCCUACCUCCACCGAACUCCCAAGUCAAUCUCAGGUGUGAGCACACGGCCAGCAUCUCAGCACAGAUCUGGCCGGACAAGUGCCUCCGCCUGAGGGUCUGCCGGUGCUGGGCCUCACUUCUUCCUUCCUGCACAGAAGCUUCCUCAGCCUGGGUCUCAGAGUCCCCUCGGCGCCAGCUACAGAGAAACUCAGCCCCACCCUCAUCUACUGAUCUGGAUCUGCAGAGAAGGGACCAGGGAAGAUGGAAUUUUGACAAGUCUCUCAGAGGGAGGGUAUAGCUCAGUGGUAGAGCGCACGCUUAGCAUGUAUGAGGUCCUGAGUUCAAUCCCUAGUACCUCCAUUUUUAAAAAAUUAAAAAUUAAUAAAUAAACAAACCUAAUUAUCUACCCUCUCCCCCCUCCCAAGAAAAAAGCUAAAAAAAAAUUGUUUUAGUAAGUUUCUCGGCUGAGACAUUUCUCUUUCAGGCAACCAGAGAAGGUUGUGAGAGCCCGUUUGUCUCACAGCACGUACUUGUGGGCAGCUGAGAAAGGAACACGUAUAUCCAGGCCAGCUGGGCUAUCACUAACAUUUGUUCACCAGCAUCAUCUAAGAUGCCAGGCUAGAGGUGGGAGAAAAAUGCUCUCGCCAUCCUGCCAACAGAGAAAGCUGCAGCUCAGUGUCCUGACCCAAGGAUACUGCGUCCUAAGAGGCCCGGGCUUCUCUGGUCCUCGAUCACAUUAGCCAUUUUUCCUUCCAUGACACAAGCCUGGAACAUCUCUAAUCCUGAUCUAAUCCUGACCAAACGGCAACAGCAACUGGUUAGAGGAGAAGCUGAGGUGCCUGUGUUGUGCUUUCCAGAAUAAUAAAGAUUUAUACAUUGGAA